UGAGCGGGGGUGGGAUCGCCGGGUAGGGUUAGCUGCUGCGGGGCGGAUGGGGGAGAGUGUCUCCCCGGGCAGGGUUAGCUGUCGUGGAGUGGGGUGUCUCCUCAGGGCUGAGGCACGAUGGUGACGAUGCUGAUCCUGAUCCUGCUGCCCGUGGCCUUUCUCCUGCCCCCCAGGGCCGGGGCUGGUGAGAUCAUUGGGGGCAAGGAAGCCAAGCCCCACUCGAGACCCUACAUGGCCCAUCUGGCUAUACAACACAGAGGUGAUAGCUAUAUCUGUGGAGGGCUCCUGGUGUCGGAGAACUUCGUGCUGACGGCCGCUCACUGCAAUGGAGACAAGAUCACUGUCACGCUGGGAGUCCAUAACAUUAGAGAACGGGAAGAGAGCCAACAGAAAAUCUCCGUGCGCCACCGGAUCCCCCACCGGCAGUACAACGAGACCACCCUGUACAAUGACAUCAUGCUGCUGGAGUUGGCAGAGAAAGCGACGCUGAACAGAUGGGUUGAUACCAUCGCCCUGCCCCGCACCAACGAGAGAGUGGAGGCAGGCGCCAUGUGCAGCGUCGCCGGCUGGGGCUGCACUAGGAGAGGGAGUAAAUCGAUCUCGGCCAAACUCCGGGAGGUGGACGUUGUGGUGAUGCCAGAUGACACAUGUCUGAAGAAUCCUAACGUGCAAUACCACAUCUAUAACUCCUCUAUCAUGAUGUGUGUGGGGGAUCCAAAGACGAGCAAAGACUCUUGGGAGGGCGAUUCUGGAGGCCCCCUGGUGUGUGGGGAAACAGCCCAGGGCAUCGUCUCCUGGGGGCCUCCUACCCCUCCUGGGGUGUACGUGAAAGUCUCCAUCUUCAUCCCCUGGAUACAGGCCACGAUGAGGAGGCUGCAGCCUUGAGCCAAGCCGGGAAUAGCUGCAGGAGCCGAUGCUGUGUUGCUUCUGUCGUUUGGUGACGCCCAGAUAUAGGGCCUGCUUUGCAGAUUGGCUGAGCUCCCCUCUCCCUAGGAUAGCCCUCCACUAUCGCUCCACUCAGGCAGUGCCCAGCCCAUGAGCAUCAAGGCAGUGAGCCUAGAGGAGUUAGGAACGAGAUUCAAGACCAGCUCCUAUCCGCUCCCUUGGCAAUCCCAACCCAGACCCUUAAGCUGCAUCUUCUCUAGGGAAACAGCUGAUUUAUUUCCCCUGGGGUAAUGGACACAAGCCAAACCCUGGGGCAGACCUGGCGGAUUGUAGCUCUCCCCCAUGUCAGCUGAUCGAGUGACCAUUUAUUGGGGGAUCUUCACUGGUACCUGACCUGCUAACUCCUGUGAAAACUGCAGCCUGCCCAUGCCUCACAGGACCUGUCCCAAGGGUUAGUUAAUCGGGUUGGCCACCGCCCCUUCCAAACACACCUGUUCCCAGCGCUAGUGAGGCCAGUGGGACGGGAACGCAGAGAAGGCUGCACUGAACUGACUGCAGAUCAAUUCCCGGUGAUGAUCGCCUCUUUCCCACCUUCCCUGCCCCACCCUGCCGCGCGGCCUGCUGCAUUUCGCUCCCUGCUACAUUGCCAGCAAUGAAUAAAAAUGA